GUCGUAGUCUCGAAACUGGCAUGCCCCUUGUGCAGUUUGGGCGGCCUAAGGUCUGGAGAAAACUCUACUGGAUGGCUUAGUGCUGCCGGAGCCUGAGAGAGCGGUGCCGCCCUACAACCUUCGCCCCUGGCCCGGUGGCCGGCUCCGCCUCUUCUCGAAUUUUUCCCACAGCCCAAAAUGGCGGCAGAGGUAGAUUUUGGCGACCUAGAGCUAUUCGAGGCGUUUGACCACCCAGAGGAGUCGAUCCUGAAGCCCAUUCACACCCGCUUCAAAGACCACGGCGGCGGCGAGGAGGACGAGAAUGGGGUUGCCGAUGCGGAACUGCGGGAGCGGCUCCGGCAGUGCGAGGAAACCAUCGAGCAGCUCCGCGCCGAGAAUCAGGAACUAAAAAGAAAAUUGAACAUUCUGAUUCGACCAAGUGGAAUAUUGAUGAACAAUACUAAGUUAGAUGGACCUUUACUACAGAUUCUAUUUAUGAACAAUGUUAUUUCAAAGCAAUAUCAUCAAGAAAUAGAGGAAUUUGUAUCAAAUUUAGUGAAAAGAUUUGAGGAACAGCAGAAAAAUGAUGUGGAAAGGACUUCCUUUAAUCUUUUGCCCCAGCCAUCCAGUGUUGUGCUAGAAGAAGACCAUAACGCAGAAGAAUCCUGUGCCAUUCAAAACAACAAAGAAGCUUUUAGUGUUGUAGGAAGUGUCCUGUAUUUUACUAAUUUUUGCCUUGAUAAAUUGGGGCAACCGCUACUAAAUGAAAACCCUCAGCUUACCGAAGGAUGGGAAAUACCCAAGUACCAGCAAGUCUUCAGCCACAUUGUUUCUCUAGAAGGGCAAGAAAUACAAGUAAAGGCAAAAAGGCCAAAGCCUCACUGUUUCAAUUGUGGUUCUGAAGAACAUCAAAUGAAAGAUUGCCCAAUGCCUCGGAAUGCUGCUAGGAUAAGUGAAAAGAGAAAGGAAUAUAUGGAUGCUUGUGGUGAGACAAGUAAUCAGAAUUUCCAGCAGCGAUACCAUGCAGAAGAAGUAGAAGAAAGAUUUGGACGAUUCAAGCCAGGCGUUAUUAGUGAGGAACUUCAGGAUGCACUGGGUGUGACGGACAAAAGCCUUCCACCUUUUAUAUAUCGGAUGCGCCAGCUUGGAUACCCACCAGGGUGGCUCAAAGAAGCCGAAUUGGAGAAUUCAGGGCUGGCACUCUAUGAUGGAAAAGAUGGUGCUCCUGGGGAAACAGAAGCUGGAGUACAACAGAAUAAAAGCAUCACUUAUGAUCUCUCAAAAUUGGUAAACUAUCCAGGUUUUAAUACAUCUACUCCCAGAGGAAUUCCAGAUGAGUGGAGGAUGUUUGGUUCCAUACCAAUGCAGGCAUGUCAGCAGAAGGACGUGUUUGCCAAUUACCUAACAUCUAACUUCCAAGCGCCGAGUAUGAGGUCUGGCAGCAAGCGGUCUUCGUUUCAGUCUAGUCCUGGCAGUCCCAAGAAGCACAAGAGGGAAGGCAGCUCGGCAGCCUCACCUGCUGACAUGGAGCUCGACUCAGACGCAGAGGUACCGCAUAGUUCCCCGAGCAGCAAAGGUUUUCGGUUCCAGCCACCACUGCCCCCUGGCACACCUCCCCCACUACCGCGGGGAACUCCUCCGCCCAUCUUCACUCCUCCGCUCCCCAAGGGCACCCCGCCACUGACACCCAGUGACUCACCCCAGACCAGAACAGCCUCUGCCGCUGUGGACGAGGAUGCACUGACUCUGGAGGAACUCGAAGAGCAGCAGAGGCGGAUAUGGGCAGCCCUCGAGCAGGCCGAGAGUGGAAACAGUGAUUCUGAUGUUCCUGUCGACACACCUCUAACUGGGAAUUCAGUUGCCUCUUCACCGUGUCCAAACGAGCUAGACCUCCCUUUCCCAGAGGGAAAAACAUCUGAAAAGCAGAUGCCAGAUGAGCCUGAGGUACCAGAUACUUGUGCAGAGAAAAUGGAGGUUGAACAUGAGUCCUUGAGUCCAGAUUCUGAGCCUACAUUGCUUUGUCAGAAGGAAAAGGAAGAAUCUGCUCAGGAAGAUCCUAAAGGUGCUUUUCUUGAUAAUGGCAGUGUUGUGUCAAAUUGUGACAUUAGGAAUGGGGGCAGCCAGAAGCUCCAUGUAGACACCAGUCCUUCAACAACCACUAAAACUCAUAGUCCUAUACCAGACAUGAGCAAGUUUGCAACUGGAAUAACGCCAUUCGAAUUUGAGAAUAUGGCAGAGUCUACUGGAAUGUACCUCAGGAUAAGAAACUUGUUAAAGAACUCACCCCGAAACCAGCAGAAAAACAAAAAGACUCCUACAUAACUGUCUGACCUAGCACCAAGAGCUAUUUAAUUAUCUGUAAUGUCAUUUUCUGUUAAUUAGUAUUAAAUGGACAGAAAAUUGUUUUCCUAUUUGUCCUUGCAUUGUUUAAAAAUCUGUCCAAGGCUUAAUUGCCUAAAUUCAGGCCUAUUUUAAAGAAUGGAAAGACUGGGCUUGCUGGCUUAUUAUAUUUUAUUCUCACUGAUAAAAUCUUGGGGGAAAAUGUGUAAGUAUGAGCUGGUUUAGAGCUCGUUUGUUAAGGUUUAUACUACUUUUGGAUUGUGAGUGUCCAUCAAGAGUGAUAGUUUUUAUGUCUUUUGUACAUUGUUUUCCCUUUCUACGUUUUGCUAAUUAUCCUGUAUAUAAGUUUAAUAUAUCACUUUUUAAAAGAAAAAAUUCUAGCCAUUUUAAAUUCGUAUUUCAACUCCGACAACCAAAUGAGAAAAAUCAGGGAGCAGCAGCUGUAUCCCACUUGGGGUAUUUUUGUAAGUGAUUUACAUGCAUUGAUUUUAAUAACACUUUUACUUUUUUGUAACUUCAUUCUUCGUAUAAGUUUGCUAUACAGGUUUGUCCAUCUUUGUGUACAAAGGUUUAAUAAAUUAGUUUUCAUAUACAUAA